GAUAACAAGGCAUACUUUCCCCUCCUCCUACAGGCUUCCCACCUGAUACCUAGUUAGGACCUUGAAGGAGGUGGGGUAGGGGAACGCUACUUCCUGCAGCUGCAGUCUAUGAUGACCUAAUUGGAGCUCUCCCCUCCUGACCUUAAUAGUUUAACACAUAUAAGCCUAGCAGCAGCUUUAUGCUGAAUAAGCACCUUCAGGCCAGUGUUUGAGCUAAUCUUGGGUUGGGGUUUUUUGUUUGUUUGUUUUCUUUUCGAGCAGUAGCUUUUAUCAUGGAGGGAACAGUGAUGAAAAUUCCGAGGAUCACAGCUACAGUUAACAGAGGUUUCAUCAGUGCUGGGAAAAAGCGUAGAUGUCUGAGGACGAUCCCUGGGAAGAAGAAAGAAUUCUAUUCCAGUUAUAUUGCUAAAAUCCUAAAGCAAGUUCAUCAAGAUUUCAGUGGUUAUAGCUGGGCCCUGGCUAUCCUGUGGUCGUUAGAUAACUGGCUGUUUGAGAAGGCCAUCCUGGAGGCAGUCAGGUUAUCUUUCUUUAACCACAGGCAAGUGGUCACGGUCAGAGAAAUGAUCGCGGCAUUGAAGCAGGUGUUCCCAGAAGAGUGGACAAUGAGGCCUCUGCUCUGACGGCUAGCUGGAAAUGGAAUUGCAUCACUUUGGGUACAGUUCUUAAUAAAGUACAUUUAUAAACAAAAA